CUGAGCUUAACCACUAGUCCACCGGUGCUGGCCCGAAAAUUUUGUUUUUCUGAGUCAGGAGGUGUCCUUUCCUGUUUUCAGCUGCUUCUGCCUUCAGCAUGGGCUUGAGCCUGGAGAUAGGGCAUCCGUCUUGUGGCCAGGAAGUAACAAACAUGGAGAUAAAAGUCAACAUUCUAAGGAUGGUGGAGUGAAAGGAUGAAAAGUGUUUGGGUUUCCCCUUUGUAGCCGAACACAUACGCAACGAAUAUACCACAGAAACUUGAGUUGGGGAGGACCUAAACCCAGUGUGUCACUUAAUCAAGAACUUCUACUGCAACAUUCCUGGUGACAUAAUUCACUGCUCAGGGGGUGACUCUAAUAUUGUUGCAGGUCUUUAAUUAUUCAGAAGUUCUCCCUUACUUUGAAAUCUGACCCCAGAAGCUUCUACUUGUGAACCUAGUUUUAUGCUCGGCUGGGAUUUACCUCGGCAGUGUCUUCCACACACUCACAGAUGUCGGUGGAAAGUCAUCCUGAUCAAGUUGGCAAGUCUGUUGACAGACACCCUCUUCCAAAUAUUCUGGAGGGUUGUAGUCUAGAACCUAGUACCUUCUUCUGGGUCUUGUCUUCAGAGCCAGAGUCCAGUGGCAGGGGUAUCAGUAGGAAGAGAGGAUGUCAUCUCCGGGGUCGUCUAAGUCCUUUGAUUUCCUAGUUAGGACUUCAGAAUCAAUGCAGACAUCCUAGAUGCUUCUGAUUUUAGGACCACGUGAAUGAGCUGAGGAAGGAACUGUCAGUGGCUUGAGUGCCUCUAUUCUGCCUUCUAUGUUUUGGACAAGAUGCCAGGAAUACUGUCUUCCGCUCAAUGACCUUUGUUUUCUGUCCAGUCCAUAAGUAAUAAGUGCUUCAAAACCGUGCAGUAAAUGCUUGCUGUCAUCUUGACUUGUCUUUUCCUCCUUGGCUUUCUGUGCAGUGUGGAAUGCUGCUUCUGCUGAAUAUCUUUUUUUUUUUAGUUUUUAAAAAAUUAUGGUGAAAAACACAAAAGUGACUAUUCUAUCCAUUUUGAAGUGUAUAGUCAGUGGUGUUAAGUAUAUUCCCAUUGUUGUAAAACAGGUCUCCAGAAUGUUUUCAUCUCGUCUGCUGAAUGUCCUCCAUGGUGGUGUAGGGAGAGACACAUUGUUCUCGUAAACUUGUUCAUUUACUGGUUGCCCUGCUGCUUGGCUCCCUCCUACAGAACGCUCCCAUCGAGCUUUUCAUGUAGGAAGGACGCUCCUCUGGCCACUUUCCUCUCUGGAAGACUUCCGGGUCAGCCAUUCAGUGAGUUUGCUCAAGUUGUCUCACAGUCUUUACAAGCUCACUGACUGGGAAUCUAAGUAGAGGUGGGGUUUGAAAAACCAGAGGUGUGGUUUAAAGAGAGGGAACGUCCGGGGCAGCAGGUCUUCUCAGUUGAGAGGGUAUAAUCCUCGUCAAAUAACUCAGCUUGAGAAUAUUCUCUGAGUUUAGCACAAGGUCCCAGCCUGGAAAGAUGUCCAAGGUUGUUUUUCCUGGCGCUUCUCCCUCUCCACUAUGCCGUCUGGUAGCUCUCCUACUUCUUAAUGCCCUCUGGCAGCCAUGCCCUUAUCUUGCUGGGGCUGAAUCACAGGUGUUGGGUGCUGUUUUAAUUUUGAGUUAAUUGGGCUUUUUGCUCCUAGACUCUUACGUGGUUUCUUGAAUUCAUGAAUUAGUCAUGAAGUUGUGUUUACCAGGCGGGCACGCUGGCACUCUGUGGUCUGUCCAGCUGACCUUGUUUUAGCAGCGUGCUAUUUGUGCAGGCUGUAGUGAACGAUGGUGGGAAAAACUGAAUCCUCUUCAGGGACCCUUUGACUGCAGCCUUUUCUGGACUUUGAACUCUGACCUUUGCAGGUGCUUACAUCAUGCCGAGCCUUCCUUGUAACAGCACGAAUCCCCACGAAGCUCGACUUAACCUUCAGCUACCUGGAGAUUCACGGCGUCAUCUGCAGCAAGCCAGCUCAGAUGAUUGUAGAAACUGAGAAGUGCAGCAUCUCCAUGAAGAUGGCGUCGCCCGAGGACGUGAGUGAAGUUCUGGCUCACAUCGGCACCUGCCUGCGGAAGAUCUUUCCUGGCCUCUCUCCCGUGAGAAUCAUGAAAAAAGUCUCCAUGGAGCCAUCUGAGCGACUGGCCAGUCUCCAGGCCCUGUGGGACAGCCAGACCGUGGCCGAGCAGGGCCCCUGUGGUGGAUUUUCUCAGAUGUAUGCCUGUGUUUGUGACUGGCUUGGAUUUUCAUACAGGGAAGAAGUACAAUGGGAUGUGGAUACAAUUUAUCUGACACAAGACACUAGGGAAUUGAAUUUACAAGACUUCAGUCAUCUUGAUCACAGGGACCUAAUACCUAUCAUUGCUGCUCUGGAAUACAAUCAGUGGUUCACCAAGCUGUCUUCUAAGGACCUAAAACUGUCCACUGACGUCUGUGAACAGAUCUUGAGGGUGGUGAGUAGGUCCAAUCGACUGGAAGAAUUGGUGUUGGAAAACGCUGGACUUAGAACGGAUUUUGCACAAAAGCUGGCCAGUGCUCUAGUGCAUAAUCCCAACUCAGGACUCCACACGAUUAACCUUGCUGGCAACCCACUGGAGGAUCGAGGUGUAUCCUCUUUAAGUAUUCAAUUUGCCAAACUCCCAAAGGGAUUAAAGCAUUUAAAUUUAUCUAAAACCUCAUUGUCACCUAAAGGGGUGAAUAGCCUUUCUCAGUCACUCAGUGCCAACCUGUUGACUGCCACCACCCUUACCCACCUAGACCUCUCAGGGAACGUCCUGCGUGGAGAUGACCUCUCGUACAUGUACAGUUUUUUGGCUCAGCCUAACGCCAUUGCUCAUCUGGACUUAUCCAAUACAGAAUGUUCCCUGGACAUGGUCUGUGGAGCUCUUCUCCGUGGAUGCCUUCAAUAUUUAGCUGUACUCAAUCUCUCCAGAACUGUCUUUUCUCACCGGAAAGGAAAAGAAGUACCCCCGUCUUUCAAGCAGUUUUUUAGUAGUUCUCUGGCUCUGAUGCAGAUCAACCUUUCAGGCACAAAACUAUCUCCUGAGCCCUUAAAAGCGCUGUUAUUGGGCCUGGCUUGUAAUCACAACUUGAAAGGGGUUUCUCUUGAUCUCAGCAACUGUGAGCUUGGCCAUUGUCUGAGAUCGGGAGGUGCACAAGUGUUAGAAGGCUGCAUUGCCGAAAUCCACAACAUCACCAGCUUAGACAUCUCCGACAAUGGUUUAGAAUCUGACCUAUCUACCUUAAUAGUGUGGCUCAGUAAAAACAGAUCAAUACAACACCUGGCAUUAGGCAAAAAUUUUAAUAAUAUGAAAUCCAAAAAUCUGACACCUGUGUUGGACAACUUAGUACAGAUGAUUCAAGAUGAAGAAUCACCUCUGCAGUCCUUGUCCCUGGCUGACUCGAAACUCAAGACUGAGGUCACCAUCAUCAUCAAUGCCCUGGGAAGCAACACCUCCUUGACCAAAGUGGACAUCAGUGGGAAUGGAAUGGGGGACAUGGGAGCAAAGAUGCUGGCCAAAGCACUGCAGAUCAACACCAAGCUCAGGACUGUAAUAUGGGACAAGAACAACAUUACUGCCCAAGGCUUUCAAGAUAUAGCCGUUGCUAUGGAAAAGAACUACACAUUGAGAUUUAUGCCGAUUCCUAUGUAUGAUGCUUCUCAAGCCCUGAAAACAAACCCUGAAAAAACAGAAGAAGCUCUGCAGAAGAUAGAAAACUAUCUGCUCCGGAAUCAUGAGACCAGAAAAUACCUUCAGGAACAGGCCUACCGCCUCCAGCAGGGCAUUGUCACCAGCACCACCCAGCAGAUGAUUGACAGAAUAUGUGUGAAAGUACAAGAUCAUCUCAACUCUUUACGAAACUGUGGAGGAGAUGCUGUCCAGGAAGAUUUAAAAUCAGCAGAAAGGCUUAUGCGUGAUGCCAAGAACUCUAAAACGUUGUUACCAAAUUUGUACCAUGUUGGUGGUGCGUCUUGGGCAGGAGCCAGUGGCUUGUUAUCCAGUCCAAUUCAGGAGACCCUGGAAUCAAUGGCUGGAGAAGUUACAAGAGUUGUAGAUGAACAGCUAAAGGCGUUGCUUGAGUCCAUGGUUGAUGCUGCCGAGAAUCUUUGUCCCAAUGUGAUGAAAAAAGCCCACAUUCGACAAGACUUGAUUCAUGCCAGCACUGAAAAGAUUUCCAUUCCACGUACCUUUGUUAAAAAUGUCCUGUUGGAGCAGUCUGGAAUUGAUAUCCUUAACAAAAUUAGUGAAGUGAAGUUGACAGUGGCCUCCUUCCUGUCUGAUCGAAUUGUGGACGAAAUUCUGGAUGCACUUUCACACUGCCAUCAUAAACUGGCUGACCAUUUCAGCAGACGUGGCAAGACCCUUCCUCAACAGGAGUCCUUGGAGCUCGAGCUGGCUGAGGAGAAGCCGGUUAAACGCUCCAUCAUCACAGUGGAGGAGCUCACAGAGAUAGAGCGUCUGGAAGACCUGGAUACUUGUAUGAUGACUCCCAAAUCCAAAAGGAAGAGCAUCCAUAGCCGAAUGCUGCGGCCUGUUUCCAGGGCCUUUGAAAUGGAGUUUGAUCUAGAUAAAGCCCUGGAAGAAGUGCCGAUCCACAUCGAAGACCCGCCUUUCCCGUCCAUCAGACAGGAGAAGCGGAGCUCAGGGUUUAUCUCUGAGCUGCCCUCCGAAGAAGGGAAGAAGCUGGAGCACUUUACCAAGUUAAGGCCAAAACGGAACAAGAAACAGCAACCCACCCAAGCAGCGGUCUGUGCUGCCAGCAUAGUCUCCCAGGAUGGCGAACAGAAUGGUCUUAUGGGGAGAGUGGAUGAAGGUGUAGAUGAAUUUUUCACCAAGAAAGUGACCAAAAUGGAUUCCAAGAGAUCAUCAGCAAGAGGCUCCGAGUCCCAAGAGCUUAGCGAAGGAGGAGAUGAAAAGAAAAAGCGGGAUUCUCGGAAAAGCGGCUUUCUCAAUUUAAUCAAAUCCCGGUCCAAAUCUGAGCGGCCAUCAAUGGGCUUGAUGACAGAGGAACCCUCCUCACCAAAAGGGGCAGGCCGAAGCCCAGCCGUGGACACACCCAGGAAGGACACGAAGCCAGCUGAGCACAAUGGCAAUUCUGAACGGAUAGAGGAGAUAAAAACACCCGACUCCCUUGAAGAGAGUCAAGGAGAAGACGUGGGCAAGGUGGAACGGAGUGACAGCAAGAGCAGCCCACAGGGCGGGCGGAGGUAUGGGGUCCAGGUGAUGGGCAGUGGUCUGCUGGCAGAGAUGAAGGCCAAGCAGGAGAGGAGAGCUGCUUGUGCGCAGAAGAAGCUUGGGAAUGACGCCCUCUCCCAAGAUUCCUCCAGCCUGGCCUUGAGCAGCACAGAACGGUUGGAUGGAGGUGGGGCAGUACCUAAACUGCACCCAGGUCUUCCAGAGAACCGCUUCGGUUUGGGAACCCCAGAAAAGAAUGCCAAAGCAGAACCCAAAGUGGAAGCGGGCUCCAGGUCUCGGAGCUCUUCCAGCACACCCACCAGUCCGAAGCCCCCCCUGCAGUCCCCAAAACCCACCCUGGCGGCACGGCCCACCAUUCCGCAGAAACCAAGAACCGCCUCACGGCCUGAGGACGUCCCAGACUCUCCAUCUGGCACCACAUCCCCUAAAGUUGCUCUUCUUCCGCCUGUCCUGAAAAAAGUCCCUUCGGACAAGGAGAGAGAUGGCCAGAGUAGCCCCCAGCCCAGUCCCAGGACGUUUUCUCAGGAAGUAGUGCAAAGAGGAGAUUAUUACAAAAGACAUUCAGAUCAUGACAGUGGCAAGCCUUCCAGUAGAGGGAAAAGAUCUUCAAAACUGUACUCCACCAUUGCAGAAGAGGAAGUGAAUGCAAUUGGGCACAGGAAGUCACAGCCAACAAAUGCUUCAAGGAGAAGCUGGGGCCAGCAGGCCCAGGAGAAUCCAGAACAGAAGCAAUGGUCCUCCAGUAAAGAUGGCCGUCAAGGCAGCAAAUCUAGUGACUCCGGGGAAGAAGCAGAAAAAGAGUUUAUUUUUGUGUGAAGGUCAUCCGUGCUGAAGUCUUCUUGUGCAGGGUGCUUUUGUUAGCCAUCAGAGAGGAACCAAGGGCAACACUUCUUCCUACUUGCUAGGCGCUCUUCUCUUGGUGCUUUUCUCUUUUCCUUUUUCCUUUGCUUUUUUUUGGAAAACAGAAACAGAUCCAUUUCUUGGUAAUCAAAGCACAUUUGUUUGGUCUUCUCCCAACCCUUGCCAUUUGAUUUCUAAGCAUUCCUUCAUAUGCCUUCCACAAAUGCCAGCAAUUAUCCCCUGGGCCCUACUUGAAUUUCUCUGAGGCAGCUACAGUUUGCCCUGCAAGAUGAGUUUUUGGAGAAAAAGUUAACUGGACACACACACAAGUAACGCCAUCCAGCUGACUGGGGUACUGCUGCAUGUACCUGUGUCAAGUCUGCACUCGACUCCAUAGAGCGAUUUAUUCUUGAGGUAUGCAAUUGCACAUUAUAAUUAUAUUAACAGAGCACACUAAUAAAUAAUUUGUAUAAAUUAUAUAUAUUAGAUCUUGGGUAUGGUUUUUACAUUCUCCCAUGGGGAACUUCUUCCUUCCUGAUGUGGAAUUGUAAAUUUAAACUUGGUCGGUGACCUUUGCAAUACCAUCAACAAGCACAGUGAAGAACAAAGUGAAAGAGGCCCACGGCUGGUUCUACCAGGUGCCCAGAUUAAUGUAUAUAGUUGAUUGGAAUGAGGUUUUAUGAAUAUUCGUGUUUUUUUGAAGGCCUUUAAUUUCUGUCUACAUAUUAGCUUUUAACGUGUGAUUUUAAGAGAGAAAGCUUUGACACCUGUAAAAAAUCAAAAUACUACUCUUUUUAAGACAUUUCACGAAUAUUCACUUACAUUACAGGCUGAAGCUAUUUUAUUCAUAUGUAUAUUUAUACCAAUAAAAUGAUUUUACAAGCGGAA